GAUUCGUAUACAGAAAUUGAUAAUAAUCUGUUCCCAACGGGUUUACACCUUAAAAGUAAUGUGUCCCUAGUAGUAUCAAUCCUGCUCGUUGUGAUUACAUCUCCCGUGGUUUUCGGUGACGAUGCAGCACCAAUUCCGGAGAACAAAGACCAAAUCGAGCAGUGGUUCAACACCAACGCCCCUUCGUUGGCUAGUAGAAACAGCACACUAGAUCCAGCUCUAUUGGCCGCUGAGGCUUCCCCACGUGUGAAACAACACGGAGGAGGACAUUUCAAGACAUUAACAGAGGCGAUAAAUAGUGUACCCGCAGAGAACACGCAACGCGUGAUCAUCAAGUUAGGUCGCGGUGAAUACAAUGAGAAGGUCACCAUCGACAGAAACAAACCCUUCAUCACAUUGUACGGUCAUCCCGAUGCAAUGCCGGUUUUGACAUUCAACGGCACCGCAGCCGAAUACGGGACAGUCGAUAGCGCCACCCUCAUUGUCUUGUCCGACUACUUCAUGGCCGUUAACAUCAUCGUUAAGAACUCUGCUCCGAUGCCGGAUGGGAAAAGGAAAGGAGCACAAGCCUUAUCUAUGAGAAUCUCAGGCAACAAAGGAGCUUUCUACAACUGUAAAUUCUACGGUUAUCAAGACACGAUUUGCGAUGACACCGGAAACCAUUUCUUCAAAGACUGUUACAUCGAAGGGACAUUUGAUUUUAUCUUUGGAAGCGGACGCUCUUUAUACCUCAGUACACAACUAAACGUGGUGGGAGAUGGACUCAGAGUGAUCGCAGCCCAAGCGGGCAAAAGCACGGAAGAGAAAAGCGGAUACUCAUUCGUGCACUGCAAGGUUACAGGGACUGGAACAGGUAUCUACUUGGGUCGAGCAUGGAUGAGCCACCCCAAGGUCGUGUACGCAUACACCGACAUGUCAAGUGCCGUUAACCCGUCCGGAUGGCAUGAAAAUACCCAAACCGAGCGUGACCAGACGGUGUUCUAUGGAGAGUACAAGUGCUCAGGACCAGGAUCGCAGAAGGAGAAGAGAGUUAAGUAUACACAAGACAUUGACAACGUAGAAGCUAACUACUUCAUCUCUCUUGGCUACAUCGAAGGAUCCAGCUGGCUCCUCCCUCCUCCUUCUUCA